GAAGCAUUUGCAUCAUCCAGUGAACAGCAACUGACACAUAGCAAAAAAUCGCCUGUCUUCGCGCAGCAUCACUUCAACAAUACGUAUAAUUGCACUGCUGUUAUGAACAAGAAAUUUUUAAAUCAAACUGAGGCAAUGAGAACAGCUUUUGACAAAAUUGAGGAUGCACGUAUUAAAGCAGCACGUGAACGUGCCUGGCGACAUAUUGAUAUGAUCAGUGCAAGCCGUGAUAAUUCAGCCAUUAAUCCGCAAAGGUACAACUUUUUUCUUUUUUUGUCAACCAAUGUAUUUUGGGGGAAUAUUUCAACUUUUUGCUUCGUCAUGAAGAGAUAG